GAAUUGAAGAUUCAUCCUGCACUUUACGAUGUUCACAUUCUUUCAUUAUAAUUAGCCACCAUCAAAAAAUAUAAUAAUAGGUGAAUCUGCUGGGAGACAUUCAGCCAGAAUUCUAAAAUUAUUCAUGAUACUGUGCCAACAAGUAUGGGGUUGAGUUUGCCUAAAUGAAAUUAAAUGUUCGUAAGAGAUGGGGACCCUGUUUGGUCUCUUCGUUUCUACAUGCUAUAUUGGCCUUUCAUGCCUUAUAGCAUGGUGGGCAAGAAAAUUAGUUGAAAAGCUAUCAGUUGAAUCUGCAUUUAAAAAGCUCCUAUUUCAAGAAACGAUAGCAACGUGGGAACUCUGUGCAUCAUGUUUUGAGCUUAUUAUAAUUGCUGAUAACUAUGGAGUUUACAUGUAUGCAGUUUAUUUAUUUAUGCUGACGGUAUGGUGGUCGAAAAAUUGGGGCGAUGCGACAGCCUGCCCGUACACACAUUUUGAAGACGUGGCUGAAGGAAAGCAGUGGUUCGGCGGUGCUCUCUUAAAAAUUGCUGCCCAACUUGCCGGAGGACUUCUAACUUAUAAGUACACUCAAUACCUGUGGAGCUUUGAAGUAAGCAGCAAUCAUAGAGGAAGAGCUUAUGAAGCUUGCACAGCUGACCUUCAGGUAUCUACAUUAUUGGGUGCCUUGAUUGAAUGCUUUGCAACAUGCAUUUGCAGAAUGUGUAGCCGACUUUUGGCCGCGCUGGAACCAAGAUUUGGUGCUGAAAUUGAUGCUUUUAUUGGGACAUCACUUGUUGUAGCAGCAUUCAAUUACUCUGGGGGUUACUUCAAUCCUGCAUUGGCAACGUCGUUGAAAUAUGGGUGUCAUGGGCAUACGAACACUCAACAUUUUAUUGUUUAUUGGAUUGGAUCCACUGUUGGAGCACUGACCGCAGUUUAUCUGUACCAACAUCCAACAGUUAAAACUAAAUUAAAGGCACUUGUUGGCAACAAGCAACUUUAAUCUACAAAUUUCUAAUGCAAUUAAAAAAAGGUAUUUAAAUAUCUAUCGAAAUUGUUUCACAUGUGAAUGAAAAUUACAAAGAAAUUUAAAAAUAA